AUGAGGGAGUUUGACAGUCCAGUCAAAGGAGGAGGACAGGAAGAGAUGAGAGAAUUCAAUGGGUCCAUAAGCACGAUGAGUGUCAAUCCCAGUGACUGGUCCUCGAUGACCCUCAAAUGCUUCCAGUACUCCAGCCUUAAGUAUCCUCGGCCUCAACUGAAGGUGGAAGAACAGCUUGGACCUGAGGCAUCCCUGGAUGGAGUACCCCAGGUAUGCUCAUAUAUGAUGGCAAGCCGUAUCAAUGUGAGUACCCCCAUGAUGACUACAAAUGAAGAGGACAAAGGAAAGGACAUGGAUGCAAAUUAUGCUUUGCAAGUGGCUUUGAGGCACAUGAAGGAGAGGUGCCAGAAGCAGCAAGCUCGCAUACAACUUCUUGAGGAAGAGAAUCGAAAGCUGAUUCAGCAAAAGAGUGAUUUGUAUGAAGAGAUAGGGAAGCUACAGGAAAAUAACAUCAAACUGAGAGAGCGCAAUCUCUCCCUGAAUCAUGAGAUUCAUUCAAAGCAUCAAGAAUGCUGCUCCAUCAGGGAAUCUCUUACCUCAAUGACACAGGAGAAAGCAAAACUAGGUUUACAGAUUCCAAAGCUUGAAGCUCAGAUUGAAAGUCUACAAAAGAUAUUACGUACCAAGGAUCAAACAGUCACCCCUCAGCUGAAGUCGAGUGUGAAUGUCUUUCAAGCACCUUUCUCAUCACAUGAUAUUGGAACUCAAACAAAAGCUGUCGAUGGACACAUGAAAGCCCUCAUCUCUGCAAUGAAGUCUCUUCUCAACCGGGAUUUUGCUACAAAGUGGAAUGGGUUGCAUCCAGCUAUGGUCCCCUUUGAGAAAAUGGUUCAGUUCCAAUGUUCACCACCAACAGUGCUAUUAUUGUGGAAACCAGAACAGCCACCACUGCCAUCAAAUGCUCUAGAACUGAAGGAAAAGAUCACUGCAGCUGAAGUCAGUUACACCAGACAUGCUGCAAUUGGCAAAUCAGAGGAGAACAUCAAGCUGGUUGCCAACCAAAUCACAGACACUAGCAAAAUUCACUCACAGGCUGGGGCUCAAAACUGCCCCCAACCAGUCACCAUCAGACAGAAUGUCAACAAGUUGAAGGUUCCUUGCAUCAAGUUUGGCCUGGAUCUGGGCCAUCUCUUGCUUUCGAGGGGUGUCUUCAGCUUCAGCUUCUGCUAUGCACCUCUCUCGCUCCAGCUUCUGACCCUCUUUUCUCUCUCUCCUCCUUUGAGCCUUGCUUACUUUCUUCUCUGUUACAUGCAUACUUUGAUUGGCUGCAAGAAAAUGGAACAGACCUUGCAGUUUCUUUCUCUCCUGGCGAUGCUUCUCCAAAAGUUCAUCUUCCUUGGGAAUAGUGAGACCUAG